UAAUACAGACAGUGUUUUGACAGCGUUGAGGCAGAAAGCAGGCGGAGGGGGGUUUAGGUGACAGAUAUAGUUGUCAGACAGAGCUUGAUGGCAGCGGGACAGGGAUAGCCCUUAGAUAACUUCCUUAGGGGACCCAGUGUGUAAUCCCUCAAUGUCCUAGCAGCAAAGCGGGCUCUCAUGAUCUGCGGGGCGGCCCUACGAAGACAGGCCGACGGGGGAGGAGGACGAGUGGGAGCCCCAGAAGCUUUAUGACUCCAGUGCACAGGGGGAAAUGGUUUGUGGGCUCGGCUGGAAGUGUAUGAAGAGGGGGAAGGUGUUGGGUGGCGGAGUGUCAGUUACACACAGCGGAAGGGUGGCGUGAGAAACCUUUGAAGCCCACACAGAGUAAGGAAGAAUGGCUGUGAGGCUGGUUAGGGGGUGCUUUAGCUAGGGACUGUUUGUUUGGGGGAGGGGUACAGCUAAGCACAUUACGGGGAUGGUGUCGAACCUUGGUGAACCCCCCUACCCUCCCUUCGUAUUGGUCCUAGCCGCUGCGACCUUGCUCAUCGCUUAUAGAUUAACCGAGGUGACAAUGUGUCAGCUGGAGAUAAUGUAAGUGCAGGCAGGGGAGGCCGAGGGAUCAGCUGUUUUCUCUCGGCACUGACUAGACGUGGCUAUCUGCUGCUGCUGCUGCCCAUACUGGGGAGCCCAUAUUGUGUGUGUGCUCUAGUGACUCACCCUUUGGUUUGUGUUUAUGGUGAGUGCUGUUGUCUUCCCUCUCGCCAGUCAGUGUAGAAAUAGAUGGGCUAUGAGCAGCAGGGGAACACAUUGCCAUUUGGUGUGUGGGGAUUGUUAAGUUUCGCACAAGAGCCAGGUGCCUGGAAGUGCUGUGUGUGUGUGGGGUCGAGCUCCCCCAGCCCAUGUGCAAACACCCCACUCGCUUUCCUUCCUUGGAGGGGGUCUCAUAACAACAGUCAUUUCCGAGUAAGGAAGGAUCGUGAUUGCAACAGACUUGUCUGUGAGAGUUUCCUGCCAGAGAAGAUGAAGCCAGACCGAGAUUCCCCAGAUGAGUUUUUUGAAUAUGAAGCAGAGGAUUUCCUGGUAUACCUAGCUUUGCUGAUUACAGAAGGACGAACACCAGAACAUUCAGUGAAAGGCAGAACAGAAGGCCCCCAUUGCCCUCCAGCUCAGUCAAGCCAGCCUGCACCCAACAAGCAUGAAUGCAGUAAUAAAUUGGCACAGUGCCGGGAAGCUAGAAAAACUAGGUCUGAGGUUGCCUUUCUCUGGAGAAAUAACAUUCCCAUCAUGGUGGAGGUGAUGCUGUUACCAGAUUGUUGCUAUAGUGAUGAAGGAGCAAACACAGACAGGAAUGAUUUCGAUGAUCCUGCACUGAAACAAGAUGCCCUGCUGCUGGAGAGGUGGACUUUCGAGCCUGUGCCCAGACAAAGCGGAGAUCGGUUCAUAGAAGAAAAGACUUUACUGUUGGCCAUCCGUUCCUUUGUUUUCUUCUCUCAGCUGAGCGCCUGGCUUAGUGUGUCCCAUGGAGCUGUGCCACGCAACAUUCUCUAUCGUGUGAGUGCAGCUGAUGGAGAGCUCAAAUUGAAUUUUUCCCAUUCUCCAACUGAACAUGUGUUCCCUGUACCCAACGUAUCGCACAAUGUGGCCUUGAAAGUUAGCGUGCAGUCUUUACCAAGACAAUCCAGUUAUCCAGAUUUGAACUGCAGCAUUCACAGCAAUCUUGGCUUUUAUGAAAAGAAAAUCGUACCACGUGAGCACUGUGUUACCCUGCCACGCAAUUCCCAGGAUAAUGGUCUGUAUAGUGCUCCUGUUUCUCAGCAUGCAUUCACCAAGCAGGCAUGGAGUGCUGGACCCGAAGGCUUAAUGCAUGCAAGGACAAAUGUAAGCAUGGAUUUUACUCUGCCUGUUCGGAACUCCAAGCUGCUUUCUACUGUUGAUAACAGAUACAAUGUAGGAACAACACCAUCAAAAGUUCAGUGUUUCAACAUGUCUGGUAACUGUAAGGCAGCACCACAAGAACCAUCUGUUAGAAAUUUUAAAUCAUUUUCUUUGGUUGGUGUGCCAUGCAGCCCCCAAGAUAGCCAAACAGUGGAGACCAAUCCCUUGAUAGGAUCUUUAAUUCAAGAACGUCAGGAGGUCAUAGCAAGGAUUGCACAGCAUCUGUUACAGUGUGAUCAAGCAUCCUCACAAAUAAACAGCCAUUCUAUAGUACAUGAAUUGAGCUCCAUUAAUGCCAAGAUUUUCAAGAACUCAUCUGAAGAUGAACAAUCACAAAAGAAAAACAAAGAUAUCCUCCCCAUAUGUACAUCUACUUUAGAUUUGUCUCUAACCACAGAUAUCCCAAAAAGUAACCCUAAAAAAGCACCUGAUACCCCCAUAAAUUCCUCACGGCCCAUUCCUGAAUUUCAUACCUCACCAAAGCCACAAGCCAGACGGAAACUUAUCCUUUUUGAAUCCAAUGAACAUGUCUGCAACACAUUUCAAUCUUCUGGCCAGUCAGCAGUUCCAUUGUCUAGUAAUGAAAAUAUACAUAAAGUACCAGAAAAAAGGGACAUUAAACAGAGUGAAAAGGACGAAAUAUCUGCCAGGACUGGUAAUCAAAUAUCGAACUCCAGCAAUACAAAUUACAGAUUUCACACCAACACACAACGUGUUCCAGAGGAUAAGAGUUGCACUGAAUCUCAUAAACAACAGAAAGAUAACUCCAAAAUUUGCUCAACAAAAGUAGGCUAUGGGAAUGAGCAAGCACAAGAGACUAAAUGCAGAGAGACCAGAAAAUCUGACCACAGCAGUCAGCUCCUUAGCAUUGAAAAUUGUAUUAAAGAUAGAGAUAAUAUCCAAUCCAAAGAACCCCAGGAUAAACUGAAAAUUGCACAUGAUGAAAAUGAGGACCCAACAAAUUGCGACUGCUGCAAACAAGGGCAGAGGAAGUGUAAUGGGAACUGUGUACGAAAAUGUGAAAGGCUGAAGAACACAGAACAAAAACAAAUACAACUACGACACUCUAAUACAUGGAAAAAGCAGACUUUUCGGUCUCUAGAUGGGAUCUCAACCAAGGCCUUUCACCCCCGCACUGGAUUACCUCUACUCUCAAGUCCUGUUCCACAAAGAAAAAUACAGUCAGGGUAUUUUGAUCUGGACACUUCAUUACUGAAACUUAAAGGUUUAUCCACAAAGAGACAACAUGCAUGUAGAUUCACGGAUGAAGAGACAGAGGCCAGAAACAAACAAAAGCUCAGUUCCAGUGCACCACCUGCCCCGUGCCUCAGCCUACUGGGGAACUUUGAGGAAUCUGUCCUGAAUUAUCGCUUUGAGCCACUGGGUGUAGUUGAGGGUUUUACAGCAGAAGUUGGGGCAAGUGGAAUCUUCUGUCCUACGCACACGACCCUGCCUGUUAAAGUGUCUUUCUAUAGUGUUUCAGAUGACAAUGCUCCCUCUCCAUACAUGGGUAAUAUUGCACUGGAGUCUCUUGGUAAGAGAGGUUAUCGCAUACCUCCUUUUGGAACCAUACAAGUGACCUUAUUUAAUCCAAACAAAACUGUGGUGAAGAUGUUUGUAGUGAAAUAUGACCUGAGAGACAUGCCAGCCAAUCAUCAGACAUUCCUGCGGCAGAGGACAUUUUCUGUUCCUGUAAGGCGAGAAACCAAGCGAGCAGUCGGUCUGAAGAUUGAAGACAGGACAUUACGCUACCUCAUUCACCUGAGGUUCCAGAGUUCCAAGUCUGGUAAGAUCUACCUCCACAGUGACGUGCGACUUCUCUUCUCCAGAAAGUCAAUGGAAGUUGACAGCGGUGCAGCAUAUGAGUUGAAAUCUUACAUAGAAACUCCAACAAACCCUCAGUAUUCACCCAGAUGCUGAUGGAACGGCAGAAGAGAGAAUCUUUUGGCUCUAGAAUAAAACUCGCUUGAUUAUAAGGUGCAGAGAGAAGCUGAGACUGUGGCCUGAAGGAAAGUAACUCGUGCAACAAUGGACCAGCUCCAGAUAUUUUCUUAAAUGAACUUCCCUGUAUUUAAUGUAGACUGGAAAUAAAAAGUGCUAAUCCAUUUUUUUCUACUAUUUAAUACCACUUGAUUGGUUGUGCUGCAUUAUCAAUUCUUCCUGUUAGUUUAGUGUUUACACAUUUUAUUUUCUUUAUUUAAUAUUUAAUGUUUCAUUUACUGCGCAAGUGAUUGUUUGCCUCGGUGUUCUAAUGUAGCACAACACCUAUGUAAAAAUUAUACAAUGUAUUUUUGACAAUAAUAUUAAAAUCUAAAAUAUA